AUGGGUGUUUGUGCUUCCUCUCAGAACAUCAAUACAAGAAGAUCAAGUGGAGGAGGAGGAGGAGGAGGAAGAUCAGCGACCAUGAUGGAUGAUGCAUCAUCAUCAUCGAGAUGCAGCAAACUGAUCCACGUGGACGGUAGAGUACAAGAGCUGAAGCAGCCAAUUCAAGCCAAGCACAUAAUAUCCAACAAUCCUAACUGUAUUCUAUGCAGCUCCGAUUCCAUGUCCGUGGGAGUUUGUGUGCCUCUUGUCCCUGAAGAGGAAUUCCUUCAACCCGGUCAAAUUUACUUUCUCUUACCACGCUUUCAAGCCAAACAGCCACUCUCCCUUCCUGACCUCUGUGCUCUUGCAAUAAAGGCUAGCUCUGCUCUUUCUAAUAGAACCGUCGACCUUUCCUCUAUCAAUUCUAAGUUCAAUCUCCGUUGA